CGCCGGCCGAGGGAGGGGGCGCGGCGUCCGUGAAGUCCGGCGCUCCCUCAGGCCGUGGAGGCGAUGCUGGCUGCUGCGGGGCUGGCGGCUGGGCGGACGGGGAUGUGACCGCACUGUCCCCUCGCCUCUCUUCCACCCUCGGGCCCGCAGGUCGCUGGGCGACCCGCAGCCGGGCCGCGGCCGAGGAGGCAGCGCGACCUCCGCACGAUUCUGUCAAGUUUUAAGAACAAAUGUACCUUAUAGCUCAUGGAAGAAAAAACACAAAUCAAGACGUUUUUGGGUUCCAGGCUGCCAAAAUAUGGAACAAAAUCUGUGAGAAGUACACUGCAGCCAGUGCCAAAUGGGGCCACUGUGACUUUAUUAGGGACUUCCAAGAACAGUAAUGUCAAAAGUUACAUCAAAAAUAAUGGCUCUGAUUGUUCAUUGUCCCAUUCAUUUAAUUGGAGACAAGCAAAUAAAUACCAACUUGGUUCACAAAAUACAGCAGAACUUAAUAGUAUUCAGAGUGCACAUGGUAAACUAAUUGAUCCCGAGCAACAUGCUCCUGCUCCAGGAACACCGGAUGGGAAUGGGAUAAAGGGAGGCUUGAAAAGUGCUUCUUUGUUCACAUCCAAGUUAGCAAGACCGUCCACCAUGCUUUUGUCAUCUACAGAGGAGUUAAAUCAAAAAUCCUUUUCUGGACCAUCUAGCUUGGGCAAAUUCACCAAAGGCACAUUUCUAGGAAGGACUUCAUAUUCUUCGGUCAAUGCGAAGUCACAUUUGAAUACGUUUUAUAGGAACCAAUCACCCGGUAACAUGCAGAAGCCAAGAGUGAACUCCUGUGCCACCAGAAGUAGUUCUGGUGAAAGUUUAGCACAGUCCCCAGACAACACUAAAUCUAUUACUUGUGAAAAAAUGGUAAGGUCACAAAGUUUUUCACAUUCCAUUCAGAAUUCAUUCCUCCCGCCUUCAUCUAUAACCAGAUCACAUUCCUUCAACAGAGCUGUAGACCUUACAAAGCCUUAUCAGAACCAACAGCUACCCGUUCGAGUGCCUCUCCGGUCAGGUAUGCUCACAAGAAAUUCUCGGCAGUCAGAAGUACUCAAUGGGAAUGAGCACUUGGGGUUUGGUUUUAAUAGACCUUAUGCUGCUGGUGGAAAGAAAUUGGCCUUAUCCAAUGGCCCAGGUGUAUCUUCCACGUUGGGUUAUAGGAUGGUUCAUCCCUCUCUACUGAAAUCUGGCCGAACUCCAUUUUCUGGGACUAUGACAGUUGAUAGUAAUAAAAAUUCACCUGCUGACAUGUGUGUAGAAGAAGAAGCUAUGGUUUUGGCGAAGGAUGACUCUACCGGUAAAGACCAAGAACUAGUUGAAAAUGAAAGCUAUCGAACAGACAAUGAUAAGACCAUGAAGCAUGAGUCUAAAAUUAGGUACCUGAGUGAUGAUGUGGAUGAUAUUUCCUUGUCAUCUUUGUCAUCUUCUGAUAAGAAUGAUUUAAGUGAAGAUUUCAGUGAUGACUUUAUAGACUUAGAGGACUCCAACCGAACUAGAAUAACUCCAGAGGAAAUUACUCUCAAAGAAGAAAAGUGUGAAAAUGGACCAUCAAAAGAUAUAUUUGAUUCUCCUAAGGAAAAUGAACAGAUCUUCAGCAGAGCUGAUGAGUGGAUUGAUAUAAGUGUCUCUGACAGGAGUGAAUGUACAAAGCAUACCUCUGGAAAUAACUUGAUUUCACCAGAUACGGAUUACAGAGCUGGGUCUUCAUUUGAACUCUCUCCAUCCGAUAGCUCUGAUGGAACAUACAUGUGGGAUGAAGAGGGCCUGGAACCCAUCGGAACUGUCCAUCCUGUUGGCAGCUAUGAGUCCUCUGAAAUGAACAGCAUAGAUAUUCUGAAUAAUCUUGAGUCGUGUGAUCUUGAGGAUGAUGACCUUAUGCUGGAUGUGGAUUUGCCGGAGGAUGCACCUCUUGAAAAUGUGGAGUGUGACAAUAUGAACCGCUUUGACCGAGCAGACAGAAAUGUACGACAGUCACAGGACGGAUUUUGGAAAAGAGCACCCCAGCGGUGGAGUGGACAGGAGCAUUACCACCUUAGCCACCCUGAUCACUAUCAUCACCAUGGGAAAAGUGACUUGAGCAGAGGCUCUCCUUAUAGAGAAUCCCCCUUGGGUCAUUUUGAAAGCUAUGGAGGGACCCCCUUUUUCCAGGCUCAGAAGAUGUUUGUAGAUGUGCCAGACAACACCGUGAUACUGGAUGAGAUGACCCUCCGGCACAUGGUCCAGGACUGCACAGCUGUAAAAACGCAGUUACUCAAACUCAAACGUCUGUUGCAUCAGCAUGAUGGAAGUGGAUCCCUGAAUGACGUUGAGCUGUCAUUGCCAUCCAGUCCAGAGCCAGAAGAUGACCAGAUAUAUAAGAAUGAAGAUUUAUUAAAUGAAAUAAAACAACUUAAAGAAGAAAUAAAGAAAAAAGAUGAAAAAAUCCAACUAUUAGAGCAUCGGCUUGCAACCCGGUGUAACUGCCACCAGAAAUCUAAAGACGAAAAGUGUACAUAUGCUGAUAAAUACACCCAGACACCCUGGAGAAGAAUCCCUCCUCAAGUACUACAGCCUUCCAGCAGCCUUCCCAGACCUACAGACCACGCCCAGGGAAAACUAAUAAAGCCACAACACACCGAGGCCCACAGUGAAUACACAGUCCAAGGCAUGUGUCAGGGUGGCGCACACCCAGAUGGAAGCUUUACACAUGGCUUGCAACAGGAAAACAGCUAUGGUUUGGAAGACCAUCCUUUUCCAUCAAGCCCACAGCUCCCAGUGGAUGUGGUGAAGGACGUACCUUCGGAAACGAACCUGAGCAUGACUAUGAAUGCUCAAGAGCCUCCUCAUUUGGCAGAGAAUCAACCUAGUGACAUGCAGUUUGGACCUACUCCUCCUCAGACACCUUCCCAGUCCAGUACAGUGAACCAGACUAAGAGGGUUAGAAGAAACCAGUCUCCUCAGCCCAAGUCCUUGCAGCAGUCAAAGCCAUCCAUCUUGAGUUCUUCGGCACAUCCUCCAGAUUCUGAUUCAUCACCAAGUAGGACUUCCACAUGUAAGAAGGCACCAGUAAUCGUACCAUGCAAUUCAAAACCUCAGCCAACGUCUAAUCAAAACAACCUUGCAAAUAAUUUGAAUCUGAAAGCAUCUAAACUCCGUCCCCCUUCUGGCUCUUUCAAACAAAAACAAAUAAGCAAUCCCCAACCAGAGCCUCAAAGCUUCCAGGCCAAGACAAGCAUCCCAAGGCCAUUAGCGCGAUCAAAAGAACUGCAGAAUCCAAAUAGCAGUUUGCAUUCUGGGGAUCAUGUGACCUCUAAUCGAUUUUCUCGUCUUCCUAAACCAAAGAUACAUUAAGUGCAUAGCCAUCACCUGCCACUUUGUCUUUUGAAAACAGUCUGCUCUGUAAUAGCUUUAUGUGCAGUUUAUUACUAUGUUGGAGGUUCCAUUACAGCAAAUCUUAAAAUUAAAACACAGAAGCUUCUACUAGUUUGGCUCUUCCAUUUUCUAUCCUAGUUGACUAUAUACCAUUUGCACAUUCUUGUCUCAGGUAAACACAAGUUUACUUAUCCAUCUCAGAGGCCCAAGUCAUACUAUUCAGCCCUCUCUCUGCACACCAGAAAAGUCAAAGUAUUCCAUUUAUCAGGCAACAUAUGUACUUUGCUAAUUUAGUCCUGUUGUGGUCUAUAACUGUGGUUAUCAAAACCUCACCCCUCUGCUUAUUCCUACUGUGAAUAUGGUUGCUAUUUUAACUAAAGAUCCAAAGUGAUGAUGGAAGAUGAUUGCCCAUAAUCAGGGUACUGGCUAGUAUCUUGUAUAUUUAUGAGGUCUAUGCAAAAUCUCCACAAUGAUUAAAGACGGGCUUUCAUGGGGGGGUCCUUAUCUCACCUUUCUAGGAUCAACAAUAUAGUCCUACUGUCUCUCCAUUUAUCAGAAAAUUCCCAGGCUGAUAGUUUUCAUUACCAAAUAUAUGUAGUUAUAACACCUUGUUUCAUACACACAUGUACUUUGCUUACAUUCCUAUUAGGUAAAUUUGGAGAGCUUGAGAUGCCCAAGUAUAUAUUAGUUGUAACCUCUGUUGGUGCUAGAGUUUUGCUGAUAAUUAAGUUUUAAACCCUAUUAACUUACCAAUCCAUCAUAUUACUUUAGGUUUCCACAACAUACAUCAAAAAUUUAAAAUUAAGUCUUUAUUGUAAUGUUUGUAUUUAUUUGGACUAUUUGCUAAUAUCUGAAGACUGGAAUAAUGGACUUGAAAUAUUUGCACAAAAUUUUGAUGGAAUAUAAGGAAUUUAGAGCUUAUUUUCUAUGAAAGUGAGUUAAAACACUUUAAGAAAAUAUAUAUAAAUUUAAGAUUAUUAUAAUAAGUUGCUUUUCUGGAUUUCCUGAGUUUCCCUUUUCUAUUUUGAAUGACAGUUUCUUGAAAAGUAGAUUUGGGGAAAAAUGAAAUUGUAGGUAGGAAACUGUACUUCCUUAAGAGAUGCUGCAUAUGGUAGCUGUGAGGCCUCCAGGUAACCAUGUACAGGAAUCCAACCAUGCCACUGACCAUUUCUCAAGCAGUUGAGUAAAUUUACCUUAUAUUUGCCCAAAUCAUGCCAUCUUUACACUGGCCAUCUAUUUAAUUUCAUUCAAAUUAAGAUUUUUCAGAUGAAUAAUCUCACAGGAUCAGUAUCUGAUUAGCUGACCAAAAAAAAAAAAAAAAGUAUCAAAAGGAAUUAUGGCCAAAACAGUUAAACUGCUAGGUCUUCCUUUUUAAAUAUAAGUAGGUUGCAAAGAGAAGCAUGGCAUUAAAUACAUUAGUGGAAAGCUUCAAAGUCACAUUUGCUGCCAUUUAGGGACAGUCUUUCCUUACAUGUCACAACCCCUCAAGUGAAUUUGCUAUUUGGAGAUGCUGACCUUUCUCGGCUUUGGGAAUGGGGAGCAUAGUCUCACACCAUAGCACUUUAGUUAGAGAACAGAAGCUCAGGACAUCCUGAACAUAGGCCAGAUGCUAUUGCAUCAUCACACGGUGGGCAAAAGCACCUCUUCAUCCAUGAACGUGAGCCAGGUUGGCUACAACUGUGUGUGAGCACAUAUGCCUUCCCCUAUGGAGAAUGAAAACUAAGUUCAUGUGUUGCCCAACAGCUAACAAUCAUACUCUAGUACCUGCAAUAGAGCAUACUAAUGUAUGUUUUUUUUAAUUUGAUAUUUGUAUAGACUUUGGUGAAAUAUUUUUGCAAGUUGGCCUUAUAAUUAGGGGAAAGUUUAAAUUUUUAAAUUUAUUUAUAACCCUCUUGUCUGAGGGUAAUAUCUUCGUCUAUUGGAUAAAAAUGUUGACUCCAAUAAUUUGUUUAUUCUAAUUUUUGUCCUUUAGUUUUUUUCUCCCUGAUGAAUUUGCAGAAAUGUUUACCAUUCACCCUCUGUACCUUUGUUUGGGCCUUGAUAGAAGAUAGGUAGGCUCAUCAAUAUAGUUUUUCUUUUUCUCUUCCUCUUUUUCCUUUUCUUUUUCUUUUCCUUGAAACAAGAGCCUCACAUAUCCCAGGUUGGCCUCUAAUUCACUGUGUAGCCAAAGAUAACCUUGGCUUUUUGAUCUCCUGCCUCCAUCUCCAGUGGGCUGGGUUACAGGAGUUCACCACUGCACCUGCUUUUAUCUAGUACUUCAUGUGUGCUAGGCAAGCACUCGGCCAAGUGAGCUCCAUCCCCAGCCCUCAUCAGUAUGCUUUUAAAUGUAAUGUGUGCUUCAAAUACAUUACCUAGACAAAAUAUCUAGGAUGCAUUCACAAACAACAUAGAAUAUUUGCCUGCAGUUUUCUGUAAAAGCUGCAAGAACAUCGUGUCUGCUCCUCGUGGUACUGAGAAGUAGAGAUGAGGGCACAGCUCUGGUUAAUAAGCUGAGGUCGCUUGCUCACAUGUGGCUUGAUCUUUUGAUUGCAUCUAAACCGACACUCUGCCAACUGUCUUUCACAGAAACAUAGCUUACUCACUCUGUUCUCUGUUCUGUGAGCAAAGAUAGUGGGAGUGGGUGAAUUCCAAGUGCCAAGGGUGAGCUGGGUAAUAUUUACAUGUAUGAAAAAAUAAUAUGCAGAAUUGUUUUUUUUUGGCUUCUAACAGGAUGCAUUUCAGAUGAUUGGUUUUUGAGCUAGAGUUCUGCUAUGUUGCCCUGAGUUUGUUCAAAGGAAACUUGGCUAAAAUGUUCAUUGGCAUAGGUCCAGGUGAUUCCAAGGCAUCCAACAAAGGAUCAUAGAUGAUUUCUAAUCACAGACUGUCUACCUGUUAUUUUUCUUUUGGAGUCUCAUUUUUCUUUUGUGCAGUAUAUUCAGGCAUAUCGACUACUGUUUGUUGUAUUUAUAUAGAUGUUAGGGAACUUACUAAGCAUUUUAGUAAGUAAAAAUCUGAGUAUGAAAGAAAAUAUCAGAUACGCACUUUAAAUGAGCUUAAUUGCUUGUAGUUGUGCCUGAAAUAUGAGAUUGCCUCCUGUGGGUGUGGCUUUGUUUAGUGACAUGAAUUCCCCUGUAAAUGUUGCUGUCUGAAGGAAGCUGUACAGCCUUUCACUGAACUGUGUCCCAGCAUGCCACUUUACCCAUGAUAGCACUAAGUUUUCUUUGAAUGUCCAUUGUCCCUUUAAGUACUUUGCUCAAUGUAUCAAAGACAACUUGUUUCCAGUAACUGUCAUUUCUGAAAGGUCUCAUACCGGUAGAUGGUGUUCCAGACACAGGUGCUCCUGUUUGCCACCAGAGUAGUUCAAUCAGCUUCCUGUGAUGUACUUUGGGGUCAAAUGAGCUUGUCCUGAAGGCCAGUAAGACUGCAGCACCAUUUCCAUACCCUCCAUUCACACUGUAGCUUCUGUGUUACUGAGUUAGCUUGGGUAGUUAUGUUUGCAUGCUUAAACACACAUUUGAAAAUGAAGUAUCGCCGUAAUGUAAGUACAUGCGGUUUUCCUUGGAAAUGAUGACCUUGCUGUUUUCUUGAUUCUGAUGCUUGAGUUCUAUUUUCUGUUGGUCUUUCCACAGGUCACUUUAAGUUUCUACUGCAGCAAUUUGAGAGGAUACAUUUGGAUAGACGAUUUCGAGGUCUCUAUAAUUAUGUAAUUGAUUAAAGAUUGUGUCUUCACUGUUGAGUAAAGCCACCCACGCUCUUCUUCGUAGUGCCAUGAUGAGUAAUGCUGGCCUUGAGAACUUAGUCAUGACUAAAACCAGAAACAGUAUCUGCAAUGUCGUUUUCCCCAUUGAUUUCUCAAUCCAGUUCAGAGUACAUAAUGUAUAUUAGAAUUUGCCUGUAAAACGAAUUAUGGAUACCAGAUGUAAAGUCUCUUUCCUGAAACGUGUUGGGUUAGUAAAUAAAAAAUAAAGUUCAUAAUUAUAAAAA